AUGUGGCUUGAUAUAAGAUAUACCCUUUGGGUAUAUCUAAUUUUAUUUACAGGUAGUAAUAUGGUCAUGGCAUUGCCAUUAAAUAAAGAAUACACUAAUUCAACUACAAAUAGUCCAUCAGUAACUACUACUACUACUAGUGCCGUGACGUCCAAUGGUUCGUCAGGAUUUUUCGAUAAUAUUAUUGGCCAUAUUGUUAGUGGCCUCGAUUCUAAUAUUAAUAAUUUCCAAUCCCAAUUUAGAGGCACUGGUUCCGCUUCAAUUGAAACUACUCAAAUAAGUUACGCCGUGUCCUCGACAUCGAGUUCAUCCACGAGUUCGACAAGUUCGACGAGUUCAUCCACGAGUUCCAGAGCAUCGUUUAUCGAUACUUGGUCCACUAGUAGCGCUACUAGUUCUUCUACUGACAGUAGUCCAUUAAUCUCUUCUACUUCUUCUAGUACUACUACUCCUACCACCGUAAGUUUGGUUAUUCCUUCUACUACCUCCUCGUCUACUGCUGAAGUUGGUAAGAUUGAACCUGUAACUACCUCUAAUACCCCUGUUACUACAAGUGCUCCUGUUACUUCUACCAUCCCUCCUUCCACCAUCUCUGCUUCCACCAUCUCUGCUUCCAGUACUGAGACUGCCCUAAUUGAUACACUACCUGUUUCUUCCUCCGUAACUACAUCCACACCUUCGAAAACUUAUAUUUCUGAUGUGAUUACCUCCGAUGCUAUUUCCUCCUCAUCAACUAUUGAACCGAUUACCACUUCCAUUGCAGCAUUCUUGACUACUUCAACACCUGAAAGUAUAGCUACUUCUGCACCAGAAUCAAUAAUCAUAUCUUCUUCUUCUUCUUCUUCUUCUUCUUCUUCUUCUUCUUCCUCCUCUGUGGUUAUCGAACCUGUCACUACAUCAAUAGCUCAAAUUGCUACACCUUCCUCCUCCUCCUCCUCCUCCUCCUCCUCCUCUGUAGUUAUCGAACCUGUCACUACAUCAAUGGCUGAAAUUGUAACAUCCUCCUCCUCCUCCUCCUCCUCCUCCUCCUCUUCGGUUGUUAUUGAACCGGUCACUACUUUCACUCCAGAAUUACCAACUUCUUCUUCUUUUUCUUCUACUACUAGUAGUGCAAUCCUUGAUGUUUACACUACUUCAAGUAUCCCGGUACCUGUUGAAACUACUUCUAUCGAACAAGUACCAUUGACUACUUCCUCAACUUCAUCCAGCUCGUUUGUUGAAGAGACUCCCGUCACCACUGUAUCAUUACCUCCUUUAACUACUUCUUCUUCUUCCUCGAUUGAAGAAUUCACUCCAGUGAGUACAACUACUUCAAGUUAUAUUCCUGAAGUACAAACUUCAAGUACUACCGCCGUUCCUGUUCAAACUACUGCUGAACCAGUCGUUUCUUCCUCCUUCUCCUCCUCCUCUUCUACUACACAAGUGGUUAUUGCUCCAAUCAUCACUACCUCUUCUAGCUCCUCCUCCUCCUCCUCAUCUACAGGUUCUGAUUGGUGGGUCCCAACUCAAAUCAUUACUUAUUCGGAAGCAACAGAUUCCGCAACUGCCACAAUUUCUGCAUCUGCAUCAACUUCAUCUUAUACUGUACCAUCAAAUUUACCACAAGCUAUCUCAGGUGAUAACUCAAAUUCUGAUAAUACAACAGCAGAUGAAACUAUUGACUCAGAUUAUACUUUAAUCACUAUUGGUUUCUUAAAGGCUUUAAAUUAUGAAUUUUUAAUUAAAUCUCCACAAUCUGCUGCUCAAAUCUUUUCAUUCUUACCAAAGACUCUUUAUACACCAUUUGGUGAUGAAGAUAAAAAUGUUACAGUAUCUCAAUUAGUUCCUUACUACAUCGAAGGUAAAGACUACACUGUCACUAUUGCACAAGUUUAUUUCCCUUCCAGUGAAGUUGAGAGUUUACAAGCAAUGAUUAAUGAUACUACGAGUGCUUUAUACACUGAAAACGAAAGUGCUCAAAAGACUUUGGCUUAUUUGAUUGAUAGUUCAAUUCCAAUUGUUGGCCUUUCCUCCUCCGGUUCAUCCUCUUCAUCCUCUUCAUCAUCUUCUUCAUCCUCCUCUUCAGCUGUUGAAUCAGGUGAUUCUACUUCUUCGUCCUCUUCGUCCUCUUCCUCAUCUUCAUCUUCUUCAAAUUCUGAAUCUGAAGAUUAUGGUACUUUGGAAUACAACGGUAAGACUACAUCAUCCUCAGGUAAAUCCUCAGGUUCAAACUUAUCAAAGAAGAAAAUCAUUGCUAUUGUAGUAGUCGUUGUCGUUUGUAGUUUCAUCUAUUUGAUUGCUAUGGGUUAUAUGAUUAGACGUUAUAUAAAACAUAUUAGAAAUAGACCAGUAAUUCAAUUACCUGUUGAAGAUACAGAAGACAUGGCUUCUCAAUACAGUGGUAGUGAUAAUAACAAUUCUCAUGGAUUUAAUGAAAAAUCUUUAAGUUCUCAAGGUGACAAUGAAGAUGUUGUCUCUAUGAGAAUUAACGAAUGGAUGAAUGAAGCACAUUUUGGUAAAAAUGAACACACUUUAAACGAUUAUCAAGCUGAACAAGUUACACAAAUUGUUCGUGAUAUUACUAGACCAAAAAUUUCAAGACCAAUAGCAUCAGAAAACUCUUUAGGUUGGAAUGAUAUUUAG